AUGACUAUCCUUGCCUCUCUUUCCUCAAUGAACAUGUCCAAGCUCGGUUCAUCCACCAAAUCAUCAUUUGCUGGAUCCAGUUACUUCUCUUCCCAAGGUGGUAACUCUGUUGCUUGUGGUGGUUGUGGUGGUGGCUCCAAUGGAGGUAUCAAGAUCAAUGCCGACAUUGAUCUCAAUAUCAACCUUGGUGGUUUGGUUGGUGGUUUGGUAGGUGGAUUGUUGGGUGGAUCUGGAUGUCACUCUGGAUGUCACUAA